AUGAGUUAUUCACCAGUCAUCAUCUCCAUGAACUCUGAAAUAGAUUUCAAUAGACGGAAGGCUUCUUUCAACUCUUCCUGCAUCGCCUCGGCAUCUUCUUCCUCCAAGAACCUUCCAGCGAUUUUGCAGAAGCCAUCAAAAUUAACUUUACCGACCCGGUCGGGAUCGUUUUCCUCAAUGAUGGCAUUGAGCUCUGCAUCGUCGAACAACUGA